CUCUAGCCUAAGAACGGAAGAAGUCAAGACAAUCAAGAUGACAAACGAACCUAUUAAAGAGAUCCUAGGUGCUCCAAAGCAUCCUGAUUCUGUAACCACAGAGAAGAGUAAUAACAAUGACUGUGUGAUAACCACCAUCCCUCUUGUUAGUGAGUGCCAGCUGACUGCAGCAACAGGGGGAGCAGAACUCUCCUGUUACCGCUGUACCGUUCCCUUUGGUGUGGUUAUCCUCAUAGCCGGCAUUGUGGUUACUGCUGUGGCAUACAGCUUUAAUUCCCAUGGAUCAAUCAUCUCAGUGUUUGGAUUAGUCCUCUUGUCAUCAGGACUCCUUUUGCUGGCUUCUAGUGCAGUGUGCUGGAAAAUCAGGCAGCAAAACAAGAAAGCAAAGAGGCGGGAGAGCCAGACAGCGCUUGUGGCAAAUCAGCGAACCCUGUUUGGUUAA